UUAGUCGUCUUCGAGAAUUUAAUUUAAAAUUUAAAUUUAUCGAGAGCUGGUGUCAUUCCAUCGAAGUAUGAAUUCCGUUACAAAGUUAGGAUGUGGCCUAGUCGUCCUGAUGAUGACAAUAUCUGGAGCAUAUUCAUUGGACUUCUGGUUUGAUCCAAGAUUCGAGUACGACUGGACUGGGCCAUGUUUGGAUGGUCGACUCCAAUCCCCGAUAGCGAUAACAAAAUGCGGCCGAACACGUUUAAGCUACAUCAACUUGGAAUUUAAAAACUUUGAAAUACCGACAAAUCAGAUUACGGUGACGAACGCUGCUCGGCAAACUGUAUACGAUUGGGAUCGCAAAGCAGUGGAACGAUCAGUUAUAGUUAGGGCACCAGCGGACAGAAUAGCUCCAUUUAAAGCGAACACUGAGUACAUAUUGCAAAAUAUUCAUGUACAUCAUGGUAAGAAUAAUCGUACUGGAACGUUGCAUUCCAUCGAUGGGGAGUUUUACGCUAUGGAGAUGCAUUUGUUGUUUGUGUCAAGACAAUUCGACGGCAACACCGCACCGGCAUUUGCACAGCUCGGCAACGUAUUGGAAAUUGUUGUGCUUUUCCGAUCUUCGAAUGUUCCAAAUUAUGCAUGGACCCAGAUAAAUAAUUUGAUGCUUAGCACCAAGCUAAAGGAAAGUGAAAAGGUCACCGGCAAUGUUAACAUACGUUUUUCGGACUUUCUACCGCGCAAUAGCCGUUACACACUGUAUCAUGGUUCUGUUCCGGCUUCUCAUUGUGCGGAAUCGGUUACAUGGAUCAUAUACGACAACCCCAUGGAUUUCAACACAGAAGAUUUGGGCAUGCGUUAUUUCACUUACAUAUCCGAUGGCAAAGAGAUUCAAGUAGAAAGAAAUACUCGCGCUACUCAGGCGAAAAAUGGAAGACCAGUGUUUGAAGGCUCGCAAGAAAGGGUUGGACAUUAUAAACGGUAGGAACAAACUAGAACAUCAACAGGUCAGGGGUCAUAUUUUAUUGGUGUUGAGUUGAGUUAUCGACCUAUUGCUGAACAUUGACCAAGUAAUAAACGUAUUGAGAACCAACGUUAA